CAGGUCAUUGUACAGUGUAGACAGUCAUUACAAAUAUCCAUGUUGAAUCCGAGCAGCUGCAGUUGGACCCAUGAAAGUGUCUGGUGAAGCUUCACGUCAACUUGAGCCACAUUUUUACGGAGUCGUCUAUCCAAAUUAACAUUCUUUGCACGAUCAAAACCUAAUUGAACGAAUUUGCAAUGGCACUUCCGAUUAUUUACGGUACGGGACUGAGUCCACCAUCCCGCGCCGUUUACUUGACUGUAAAAGCAAUGGGAAUCGAUGUUAAGUAUGAAGAAGUAGACCUUUUAAACGACGCCCAUCUUAAGGAAGAUUUUGUUAAGAUGAACCCGCAACACACCAUCCCAAUUUUGGAUGACAACGGAUUCAUUCUUUCGGACAGCCAUGCCAUCAUAACUUAUCUUGUUGACAAGUACGGAAAGGAUGAUGAUCCUCUUUACCCUAAGGAUCUCCAAAAGCGCGCAUUGAUCAACAAGUACCUUCACUUCGAGAAUGGCUGUCUAUUCUCUCAUAUGAAGGCGAUUUGUGUCCCAAUUUACUGGGAAGGGGUUACAGAACUUUGUGAAAAAAGGCUCAAGCCCCUAAAAAAUUGCGUUGGAUUCCUUGAAAAAUUCCUGGGUGACAGGGACUGGUUGGUCGGCGACAGUUACACUCUGGCUGAUAUCAGCGUUGUUACCGCGAUCUGUGGUUUUCCGGUUUUCUUUUCUCUGGAUGAAUUUCCGAAAGUGAAAGCCUGGUUGAAACGGUGCGAGACACACUUGCCUGGAUAUGCAACCGUGAACACACCGGGAAAUGAUAUCUUCAUGGAUUCCAUCCGUACACGACUUCACAAUUAGUUAAAACGAUGUAAAUUUCAUGUUCAAUUACAAAUUCAUACUGUAGAUUUUCACCCAUAAAUAGAUCUGGCAGUUCAGACGAGAAACUGGGUUCAUUUUUUUCCAUAUGAGAAAUAAACUGAUAACGUUCCGUGAGUA